AUGACUCAGGUAAAGAGAAGGAAAGUGGGGAAGGCAUCAGCUGUGACCACUUCACGGUUCACGAUGUACUCACACCCGCUGGGAGUGAGACCAUUGGGUAACAGUCUGGCGGCUUCUCUGGACCCCAGCAUCCAGAAAAAGAGGAUUGAACUGAUGGGAUUGUGGCAUCUCUUGCCAGAUGAAAUCAUAAUGAAUAUUCUGGGGAUGGUGGAAGAUCCGCUGGAUCUUAUGCGGUUAGGCCACGCCUCCAGAAUCCUAUAUGCCUACACUUACACGGAGGAGCUCUGGAGAAACAUGUAUUCGCGGAAUCCAUGGGAGCUUCAAGAGUGGAAAGGGAGCUGGAGAAAGACGAUUUUGGGUAUCGACGCCGAAGAAGAAGUGACCAUACUCUGUGGCCAAAAUUUAGUUUGUUCAGAUGUGUUGUAUAGGCCAUUUCAAUGUUCCCAGGUGAGCUAUGCGGAGAUUUUUCAAAGUCUGAUAGCCGAACAGACACAGGACCGGGAACUUUUCAGACUGACCGAUGAACAUGUGAGCAUACAGAAGGGAAGGAUAACACGAGUUAAAGAUAUGAGCCCGACGCUUUUUGCCGCAGAAUUCCACGAUACUCCGUUCAUCUGUCCAUCCUUUGACUGGCCCAACUGGGAUCUUGAUUACCUGAAAAAUCGGUUUCCAGAUGUGAAAUUCCGCCAAGAAUCUGCCAAAUGGCCUUUGGCAGUGUAUGCUCAAUAUUGUCGGAAAAAUGCAGAUGAGUCUCCGCUCUAUCUUUUUGAUUGUUCGAGUGAAGCUAUGAAGGUGCUACGUAAGGAGUACGCCGUACCCAGGUUCUCUCAGGACGAUCUCUUUGAGGUAUUCAACAAACAGGGCAUUGAGUGCAGACCAGAUUAUGCGUGGAUCAUUAUUGGACCUGCUGGUUCCGGCUCCACCUUCCACAAAGAUCCAAACCAUACGAGUGCAUGGAACGCCGCACUUACAGGCCGCAAACUCUGGCACAUGCUUCCGCACGAUGUGGUCCCUCCAGGUGUUUCCACAGAUAGAGAAGAGAAUGAAGUGACUUCACCCAUUGGACUAGCAGAAUGGGUCGUCGGUGGUUUUUUCAACGACUGUGUAAAGCUAUGCGAGAAGGGUCUGUGCCAGAUCGGAAUUACCUUUCCGGGGGAAUGCAUGUACGUUCCUGCAGGAUGGUGGCACAGCGUGAUAAAUCUGGACGACAGUGUGGCACUCACACAGAACUUUGUGCCGACCCCAAAGUUGGCACAUGCGUUGAAUUUUUUGAAGAACAAACCGCAACAGGUGUCAGGCUUUCACGGAGCAGACGUUCGUAAGAGUGUGAGACAUCUGCUGGAUACGAGAGAAAUUGCCGAGAACAAACGCAGAACUUUUGAAAACUUCUUGGAAUCGAAGACCAGUGACAAUAACGAGGAUUGCGGAGUUCUGACUGAUUUCUCUUUACCCGUGCUGGAGUUGUUUGAAGAACUUCUCAUAGCCAACGGGUUGGAAGCGGCUCUCACCAAAGCCCAAUUGGAACUGGCAGUUUUAGAGAAGGAAUCCAGGAAAAACGAGCCAAAAGAGGUGAAGAGAAACGAGGUUUGGGAUAGUCUCGUUGAAGGUGCUUCGACGGGAUUUAGUUUUGGAUUUGGCGAUGAAGAGGAAGACUAG